AUGUCAGAGAUAACGAAUGUGGGAGGUGUUGAGGACAGAAAGAUGAAGCGCAGGCUUGAGGAGCCGGCGGACCGGGAAGAACAUGAAACUGAGGAACAUUUUCUGUCUCUGAGACUCGGCAACAACGCCGACAUGUCGAAACCUUUGAAGGUGUCGAAACCUUCUGGUGGUUUUGGCAAUCAUCAGAGACCAGAAGGAAGGAGGAAGGAGUUUAAGUGCAGGUACUGCAUGAAGAAGUUCAAAAGCUCGCAGGCUCUGGGAGGUCACCAGAAUGCACACAGGAGAGAGAGAGUUAUCUGGAGGAUGGAGAAGGAGCUCAGUACUUUUGGACACCCUCAUUUGUGUCCCUGUUCCUCCAUUAUCACUAACAAUAAUCUUCCCAUAUUACCCUCUCGUGCUUCUUCUUCAGCCUUCAACCCUCAUUUUCAUCACCAUCAGAGUCACUGUCAUGUGCCUUAUUGGACUCAAUAUCAUCAAGGCCAACCCAAACCUAGUUUACCCUAUGUGAUGAACACUUCUGGGAAUCGAAAUGUUGAGGGAAAGAAGCCUGCUGUAUCCUCCUCAUCAGGUCUCGACUUGUCCCUCAAACUCUGA